AUGUCGGUCAAGAGAAGCGGCAAAGGUUCGGAUGUUUCAAAAAACGAGCGGAAACGGUUGAAAACUGGCAAUGUAGUGGACCUGAAAAAGAAGAGCUCAGCACGAAUUCCAAAGACCAAAAUCAAGAAGAAAAUCAAGCUUUUGUCCAAAACGGUGGACUACUCAAUCUGUGUUCCGACAAGUCUGAUUGAUAACUGCAGCAGUCUCGAACAAAUCACGCAUGCAGUGUACCAGGUUGCAAAGACCGCUACGUUGUUCAACGUGGCAGAAAUAGUCGUUUUGGACCUAGGUUCGCGAUCGCAGUCGCUGUCACAGUCGACUUCCGAGCUACAGCAAAAGCACAAGAGUACCAAGAUUACGUUCGACGAUGCCAGCGCCCCCAGCGAGAACACCGGAGCGCAAGCCACAGAAAAGAUCGGAACGGCGAAAAAGCAGCCCCGAAGCAGGCUACCACCGGCGUUACUUAUCUCUUCGCUGCUACAAUAUUUUGUGACGCCGCCGUACCUGACGAAAUCUGUUUUCAAGAAGGAGUACAUGGGAUGCUUCCAGUAUGCGUCACGGCUCCCGCGUGUAUCCGCACUGCCCUUCAUGCGGCACUUGCCCGACGACAAAGGCAGGUACAGAGAGGGACUUGCGAUUACGAUGGACAAACCGGGUAGCGGUCGUGCCAAGAAGAAUAGCAAACCCUAUGGACAGACCAAGUACGUGAACGUGGGCGCAGAGGAAGCGCUCGAACUGCGCGGACAGUUGGUUCCAGCCAACGUCCGUGUCACGGUCGAUGUGAUCGAUCGCAGAGUCGUUUCGCCUGCAGAGGCCUACGGCGAUUUCGUGGGCGCACAAGCGUCUUACGGGUAUCAUGUGCGGCUCGCGCACAAUUUCGGCGACGUUUUCGUCGCGAGCCCCUUCCAACAGGGCUAUUCACAGACCAUAUGGGUCAACAGUGGCGAUUUCUAUUUCAACCCCCAGACGCAAAAGUCGGAAAGGCUGAACGCUCGUAUUGUCGCGAUCGAGGCGCUCGUUAGGCCCUCCGAGGAAGAAAUAGCCGAGAAUGACGCUGUGACACCUGCAAACGUGCUCGUUUUCUUUGGGAAAUGGCGUGACAUUACUUCUAGUUUCGAACAGGCGAAGGCGCAGUUUGAGGGAUGCGAAGGCGCGCACCAGUUCUUCGACGGCCAACUCGAGCUGCCAGGUGCGACGCCGCUCGGCAACAUCUGCAUCGAGGACAGUUGCAUGGUUGCGAUGACAAAGCUCUCGCAGAUGUGA